ACGAAGACUUCAAAGGGUAAAGAGUGAUGAUGACGAUGAUGAUGCUUCUCUGUAUGUGACUUCCACCCAACUUGCGAAUUGCGAUUAAUCAAACGCUGUAAACAGAAAUCUCUUCAGUUACUGUUCAGAUCUGUCAAAGCCUACAAAUCCGGUCCUCGUCUUCAGAGAGAGUUGAGAGAGACAGAGAGACGAGGAAUUCUUGGCGUCCCUUUUAAUGGCGCGCUUUCCACUGCUUGCAUUCUCUGUGAUCUUCAUUUCGUUAUCCCUACUCAACCUCGCUCAUUCUAAAACCCUUAAACGGGACGUGAAAGCAUUGAACGAAAUUAAGGCGUCUCUCGGAUGGAGGGUGGUCUACGCGUGGGUGGGAGACGAUCCUUGCGGUGAUGGCGAUCUGCCGCCCUGGUCUGGGGUCACCUGCUCCACUCAAGGUGAUUACAGAGUCGUCACUGAAUUAGAGGUUUACGCGGUGUCGAUUGUGGGGCCCUUUCCUACUGCUGUGACCAAUCUGUUGGAUCUUACGAGGCUGGAUCUCCACAAUAACAAGUUGACUGGGCCAAUUCCUCCUCAGAUCGGACGGUUGAGGCGGCUUAAAAUACUUAAUUUGAGAUGGAAUAAGCUACAAGAUGCCAUACCUCCUGAAAUUGGUGAAUUGAAGAGUCUAACUCAUCUAUAUCUGAGCUUCAACAACUUUAAAGGCGAAAUACCCAGGGAGCUUGCUAACCUUCCAGGGCUUCGCUAUCUAUAUCUACAAGAAAAUCGUUUAAUCGGACGAAUUCCUGCAGAAUUGGGAACUCUACAAAAUCUUCGGCACCUAGAUGUUGGUAAUAAUCAUUUGGUGGGUACAAUAAGGGAACUCAUACGCAUAGAGGGGUGUUUUCCAGCUCUUCGCAACCUAUAUCUAAAUAACAAUUAUUUAACGGGAGGAAUACCAGCACAGCUUGCAAACUUGUCCAACUUGGAAAUCUUGUACCUCUCCUACAAUAAAAUGGCUGGAGUAAUACCAUCAGGACUUGCUCAUAUUCCUAAACUGAUUUACUUGUACUUGGAUCACAACCAGUUUACAGGAAGAAUUCCUGAUGCUUUCUACAAACACCCAUUCUUGAAAGAAAUGUAUAUUGACGGAAAUGCAUUCCGGCCAGGUGUAAACCCAAUAGGUGUUCACAAAGUCCUUGAAGUUUCUGACACAGAGUUCCUUGUUUAGUCAAUACAACAACUCCUUAACUAGAUGUACUGUAUUACGUUGCCAAAACAAAGGGUUCGUCUGAUUUUUUAAAUGAAAUGGGAAAUUAAAUUUUGUUCUUCUAUGAUUGUGCCAAUUAUGAACUUCGAGUAGAAGUGUAUUAUUUGAUGAUUUCUCGUGUUGCUAGGGAGGUUUUCAAGCUGUAAAUAAGUUUCUAUCAGGAAUUGGUUGUAAUUUUUGAAUCGUUGCAUGAAGAUACAUUGAUGUAGAGACAGGGAGAAUUUAUUAUUUAUUA